AUGCGGUCCUACCGUUUCCUCCUCGUGUGCAUUACCUUGAUCUUCUGCCUCCACUUCACAGUAGCUGCACCUCAGCCUGCAGUACGCCGCCAGGAUGACAAUCCUUCAGAUCGUUCGCAGACGCCUACUGUCACUUCGUCUCCACGCCCAUCAGCUACAAGAACGUCAUCUGACGCUGAUGCUGAUACACCCUCUUCAACCGCUGAAUCAAGACGUGUCUCCUCUUCUUCAGCUGUCCCAACAAGCUCGGUAGAAGUAAGCACAUCCAUGCAAGUACCGGCCACCUCCAUGGCAGCCCCCGAGCCGACGAGCUCAGCAGACGCUGAUACCGAGAACCCAUUGCCCUUGUUGCCUAUCUUAACUCCAGCCAUGGGUAUCACCGGUGUCAUUCUGAUGCUGUCGGGUUUGGCGUUCACUAUCAUCGGCUUUAAGAACAAGUGGGUCUAUGUCUUUGGCUCGGCUGCGUACCUAUCCGCACUAGCUGUUACCGUUCUGAUCGUCUACCUCAUGAACCCUCCCGUCUCCAAUGGCGUGCAAGGCGGAUUCUUUGUCGCUGCUUUCUUUACUGGCAUCAUCUUCGGCGGUGUAUCGUUGGUAUUCCCAGAUAUCACGGAGGGUUUCGGAUGCUUGCUUGGCGGCUAUUGUCUGAGCAUGUGGUUCCUCUGCCUCAAGUCGGGUGGUCUCAUCACUUCAGUGACUGGCCGCGCGAUCUUCAUUGGGUGCAUGAGUGCUGGGGCUUACUGCCUCUCUUUCAGCCACCACACUCGCAAAUACGGCCUGAUUGCAUCCAUUGCCUUUUCUGGAGCGACCGCUACCAUUCUGGGUAUCGACUGCCUCAGCCGCGCAGGCAUGAAGGAGUUCUGGCUAUAUCUGUGGGCCUUGAACGACGAUGUUUUCCCCCUCAACACCGACACUUACCCUGUCACCAAGAACAUCAAGGCUGAGCUGGCUGGCAUCGUAAUCAUAGCAGUACUCGGAGUUGUCUCGCAACUGCGUGUCUGGAACUUGGUCAAGGAGCAUCGCGAGAAGACCGUCGCCCAGCAGGUCGAGAAACAGCAAGACCAGGACAUGGAAGAGGAGGCACUCGGUCGCCGAAUCGAAGACAGCUUCCACAAAGAGCGCGCACAAUGGGAGGCGGCUUAUGGCGACAAGAGUGUUCAGGAAUCUAGCGUUGCAUCUUCCAUCCUGAGCCCGAAAUACUCGGCCAGUAUCCGCGAGAGGGAACUCGCUACGGACAACUUGGAACUUGUGGAUAUGGCGAAGAGCAGCGUCAUGCGCUCGCCUACAUCCGCUACUCCGGCCGGCACAACAGUGACUGUGGCUGUCCUCAACGACGAUAUCCAGCAGAUUGAUGCACAGGGCAAUCCAAUCACGUACAAAAAGGUUGCGUCGUUGGCGGGGUCUGAUGGUGACCAGAAGGAUCUGCCAGCCACACCCCAAGUCCUUGCCGACCAGGUCACAAAGGGACGCAGCCUUCGCCCGUCUUCAGUACCACCUCCUCCAGCAGUCAUUCCACUACCCUUCAAGGUCCCGGAUGAAGAGGAGGUGAAGAGUGAGGAAGAUGAUCGUGCUUCCGUGUCGGCUGUGGCCGAGACAGAGACUGUGUCCCUGAGCGGACGUAGGUCUAUGUCGAAGCGUAUUUCAGACAUGUCAAACCUUCGUCAGCCCGCGAACCAGAGAAACUCACGAUACGUAUCGGAAUCUCAGGAAGACCUGAUGAAUGUACCACACGACGAAGACGAUCGUGCAUCGUCGAUCGCUGCUACCCUGGAUGACGACAACUACGACGCCUCUCUACGCCAGCUCUCCCCACCGCAUUCCCCAAUCGGCACAGAACACAACACUACCCGUGCUGAAUCACCCGCAGCUUCUGUGCAAGCAGAGGACGUCCAGUCUAAGAGUGAGAUGCAAAAUCAGCCCGAUGAGGAAGCCAUGGAGACAGACUUGACGGCUACGGAGGCAGCAGCACCGGGAGCAGUAGCAGCACCAACACGACCAGCCAUACGCCAGUCUCUGACUAGCAGCACUGAUCCCAAGCCAGCUGAAGCGAGUGCCAUGCGUCCCACUCGUCGCGAUUCGCGAUUCAGAGCUGACACGCUCGUGUCCAGCGCAAAAGGAAACAGCGAGGGUGAGCAGUCAAAAUUCAGCAGUGAGAAGGCGCUGUCGCAGAGUUCGCGGACCGAGAUCGACGCAUCACACGGAGGAAGUCUCAAGGAGAGCAGCUUGCCCAGAUUUUCCAAGGUCGCCUUGUCUUACCGCACCAACGAGUGGGCCAAACACCUCCAGACGGCAGACCUGCCCGAGCUCGACGACCUCGCUGUGCCGUCAUCGCCUGGAGCAGCCCUCGAAGACGGCACGGAAGAAGCCGCAGCGCCCGUCAGCGACGAGAUUGCCGCUCCCUUAAUUGAGAGUCAACGCAACUCGAAGAGGAUGUCAACUGCAAGCAGGAACAAGCCGUACUUGGCCCGAUCGACUUCGAUCUCACAGCAAUCUCUGGCUGAGCAGCAGUCGAUGUCUCGGUCUCAGUCCGUCUUGUCAUCACGGGUACUAUCGCGGUCAAACUCUGGAACUCAACUUGAUGCUCUGUCACCACUUCCCACCAACACGCUUCUGGGUCAGCGCGAGAACCUGAUGCGGAAUCGUGUGUCGUCGCACUCGUUCUCUCCCCUGCCGUCUCCUGGAUUAACGUUGCUGGAGCAGAAUGAGCAAGAUGACAUGACGCUGGCUCAGAGGCGUCAGAUUCUCAAACUAGGGCCGUCGUCACCUGUGCUGCAGGAGCAGCCGCCGCUCGUCUCUCCACGGAGAGCUCCUCCGUCCGCGGCGCAGAAAUGGCAGAAAAAGGGAUGGGCUGGCCAGAGCAUGGCUCCAGGGUUCGACUCGCAUCAGCCGCAGCGCACGCCCAGCUCACAGUCAACGCGCAAGAGGGAAGACCUGUACGCGGACUGGAGAGAGAACAUGCGAGACGUCACACCGCCGGAGACAGCAGCGUACAUCGCCGAGCAGCAGCGUGCGGCUCUUCUCAACGACCGACGACAGAAGGAGCUAGACAGGCAGCAACGUGAGGCUGCACAGCAGCAACGUGCAUCGUUGAUGGACAACAUGAUGCGCAGUGGGCAGAUGCUCGAUGCGCACCGUGAGGCGAUGCGCAAGAUGCAGGCCAAUGCAAACAAGAGGGCGGCGUAAGUUAUGGAAUGGAAUGGAUUCCCCACAUGGUUAUGUUCUCGUAUAGGUAUGGUUUUAUUCUCGUAUAUGGUUAUGAACGGUCGGGCAAAAACACAGGUGCAAUGGACAUGUACGGGCAACGAGGUGGAUGUAAGCUACAGGGACGAGGUUAUGAUGAGGUAACAGGAGAAAGCUUGGGUUGUGCAUAGCUCGAUUAGCGAUGGAGAUAUCGAUAGGCUAGCCAUGUGCUA